AAAAAAAAAAAAAAGCGCACCGUUCCCGUUCCCGCGGCUGGGUAGGAAUGAUAAGAAAAAUCUUCCCAGCUCAGAGCGUCCUUUUUUGGGCAAAUAAGAUCUUGGUUCCUAUCGUUGCCACCUUGAUCUUCCUGGGAUUUUGCUGUUCCCACUCUCUAUGCUCUGCACACACGCGUCAGAGGCUGAUUUCAGGGGUAGGGUUCCUGUCCUCUAGACCGAACUGUGGUUGUAAUGUUGGUGCGUCUUUGCAGCAAAAGCGUGAAAAUCUCCACAAAAAGCAACACAAAAGGAGCCCAUCCCUUUCCUUCACUUGAUCUGUCUCUUCUUGGUCCGUUUGUUGUUGUUGUGCUUCUAUUUUGUACUCGACCAGCUUGUCCCCCUUAGAUCGGAAGAAUCGGGCGCGCUCCUAGAUGUGGAUCGUCAAGGGUGAGGCAAUGAUGACGGCAUGAGGGUGCGAUGGUGCCUUAGAAGGUAAACGUGGAAGAGAGCCUCGAUUUGUACCGUCUCCGAUCCGUACCAUCGUAAUUCAGGUACGAACGCCUUUUCAUAGCCCUAUGUCGUGAAAGUAAAGUGUAGUACCCU